AUCAGCAGAUGUUGAAUGCUUUUACCGCCACUUAUUCACCAAUAUAUUUUUCUCUGUCCAGGUGAAGGGAUUUCAUGUAGCUUUCGCAUUUUAUGGAAAAUGUGUGCAAAUAAAGUUCCAUUAGAAUGGAAACGCCGUGUUAAAACGGAGUACAUGAAAAUUAGACAACAGAAACGCUAUAAACGAGCUGACGAAAUCAAAGAAGCUUGGAUAAAAAACUGGGAGGAGCAUAACUACAAUGUACAAGAUCUAUAUUGCGAGCCAAAAGUAUGGCACGCUCAGCCUUAUGAUCCUCCUCAUUUAGACUGCAUAAAACGAGCCGAGGUUUCUGGCUAUAACGGUAGCGGUCCCCAACGAGUCCCAAUUUGUGUAAUAAAUGCGGUUACGCCAAUCCCAACAAUGUAUACUUGGGCACCUACACAACAAAACUUUAUGGUCGAGGAUGAAACGGUGUUGCAUAAUAUUCCGUAUAUGGGGGAUGAAGUACUAGAUAAGGAUGGGAAAUUCAUUGAGGAACUAAUAAAGAACUACGAUGGAAAAGUCCAUGGAGACAAGGACCCUUCUUUUAUGGAUGAUGCAAUUUUUGUUGAAUUAGUGCACGCUUUGAUGCGUAAUUAUACAAAAGAGGAAGAAACAUCUUCUAGUGGCGCUGUAGGUGGGCAGAUCAGGUCAGAAACUGUAAAAAGUGAAACGGGAAUUAAGGACGAUAAGGAGAAAGAAAAAGUUAAAGACUCAACUACCAAUUUGAAGAGUACAAAAUCGGAAGAAGAAACGAAUAUCUUAAAGAAGGAGGAUGAGGAGACAAAGGAAAAACUUCCGUUUCCUGCUCCUAUAAUUUUUCAAGCAAUAAGCUCUAACUUCCCAGACAAAGGAACUCCACAGGAGUUAAAAGAAAAAUACAUUGAGCUCACAGAGCACCAGGAUCCUGAAAGGCCACAAGAAUGCACUCCUAAUAUUGAUGGGGAAAAAGCCGAAAGUGUGUCUCGAGAACGAACCAUGCAUUCAUUUCACACACUGUUUUGCCGGCGGUGUUUUAAAUACGACUGUUUUUUACAUCGUCACCAAACGAACGGUCUUCAGGUUGGCCAUGCUGGGCCUAAUUUACAAAAACGUCGUUUUCCUGAGUUGAAAUCGUUCACGGAUCCCUGUAGUAAUGCCUGCUAUAUGUUGCUGGACGGCAUGAAAGAAAAAUUAGCUGCUGAUAGUAAAACGCCCCCUAUUGAUUCAUGCAAUGAAGCUAGCUCUGAAGACAGCAAUGACAGCAACAGUCAAUUUAGCAACAAGGAUUUCAAUGCAGAUAAUGGCAAAGAAAAUAGCAUUGCUGUGAACAGUGCUGCCUCCGCCGAAAUAAACUCUAUAAUGGCUGGAAUGAUGAAUACAACUAACACAAAAUGUGACUGGACGGGAGCUGACCAGUCUCUAUUUCGCACAUUGCACAAAGUAUUUUUGAAAAAUUAUUGCGCUAUUGCCCAAACAAUGCUAACAAAAACGUGUCAACAAGUGUAUGAGUUUGCUCAAAAGGAGGAGGCAGAAUUUUGCAUUGAGGAGUUGCGUCAAGACUAUACUCCACCAAGGAAGAAGAAGAAGAAGCAGCGCCUAUGGUCGCUCCAUUGCCGCAAAAUACAGUUGAAAAAGGAUUCUACAUCAAACCAUGUUUACAAUUAUACACCAUGUGAUCAUGCCGGACCAUGUGACAUGAAUUGUUCUUGCAUUCAGACACAGAACUUUUGCGAGAAGUUCUGCAACUGCAGCAGUGAUUGUCAAAAUCGUUUUCCUGGUUGUCGUUGUAAGGCCCAAUGUAACACAAAGCAAUGCCCAUGUUAUUUGGCGGUGCGAGAAUGCGAUCCAGAUUUGUGUCAGGCCUGCGGCGCCGACCAGUUUAAGCUGACGAAAAUCACUUGCAAGAAUGUUUGCGUGCAGCGUGGAUUACAUAAACAUUUACUAAUGGCACCGUCCGAUAUAGCCGGUUGGGGCAUAUUUCUCAAAGAAGGUGCCCAGAAAAACGAGUUUAUCUCGGAGUAUUGUGGCGAAAUUAUUUCACAGGAUGAAGCCGAUCGCCGAGGCAAAGUCUAUGAUAAGUACAUGUGCUCAUUCUUAUUCAACCUAAACAACGAUUUUGUGGUGGAUGCUACUCGUAAGGGCAAUAAAAUACGUUUCGCUAAUCAUUCCAUCAAUCCAAAUUGUUACGCUAAAGUAAUGAUGGUUACUGGUGACCAUAGAAUUGGGAUAUUUGCUAAGCGUGCAAUUCAACCGGGAGAAGAAUUGUUUUUCGACUACAGAUAUGGCCCUACAGAACAGCUAAAAUUCGUGGGCAUAGAACGAGAAAUGGAAAUUGUGUAA